AUGAGCUCUCCUUAUUGCUGUGCCAGCCUUGUACGAUGGACGGCGGUUGCUUCAUUGGCAAUAAGCACUACUCGACCAGUCCAUGGAUUCACCACCAUUCAUGAAGUUGGCAGUUCCCGGCACUCUCGCCUCUUUAGUACUUGCGACAGCACUGACUCUACGACGACCAGUCGCCGCGACAUGUUACACACCACGCAAUCGGCCGUCCUGGGAGGUCUGUGUGGUUGGAUAUUGGAACCCCAAUUUGCUCGUCAUCGGGCGUUUGCAGCGUACGUGACGGAUCCCAGUCAACCACCGAAGGUCCCCACGGCCGACUCGAUUCCGUCCUUUGUCGCGGGGACCGUCAGCAUUCCCGCUAAUUUUGAUUUUGAACUGGCCCAACAAAAGACCCAAGUGGUGGAUCCCACCGGCAAGACCAUGACACCCAUUCCGGCUCUCUACGUGACGGUCCGUCCCGAUCGACCCGACAAUGUACCACAAGCUAUAUUGCAAGGAACACGCGGCAAACCUCCACCCGUCUUGUCGGCACGAUUUGAAGCCCCCACAUUUCCCUUUUCCUUUCAUUUGACCGAUAAAGAUUAUACCCCCGAAGGACAACCACUAACAAACGACGAAACAAAGACUUCCGACAACGAUCCGUGGUGGUUACGAGAUGACUUGAUUGUCAGUGCCCGGCUCGAUAUGGAUGGGAUUGCAGCGACACGGUCUCCAGAAGAUUUGGUCGGACGAACCACCUAUCGACGCAGUCAAGGAGGGGAAGCAGUCGACUUGGAACUCAUGGGACGAGGAGCCUUUGGAAAAUUUGCCACGCAACAAACAAAACAGUAG